GAGGGCUGGUUGGGUGGUCUCUACGACGGGCGUGCACUUUAGAUUAGGAAUCGCCUUGGACGUCUGUUGCUGACCUGUUCGCUCUGGAUGGACCCAAAGGAUCAAGCCGCAACAAUGGCGAUGGCCUCGCGACCGCAAGCAGCACAACUUAAGGAGCCAGUGACUUUCCGAGAUGUGGCUGUGGACUUCACCCAAGAGGAGUGGGGGCAGCUGGACCCUUACCAGAGGACCCUGUAUCGUGAUGUGAUGCUGGAGACCUUUGGGCACCUUCUCUCUGUGGGUCCUGAUCUUCCCAAACCUGCAGUUAUCUCCCAGCUAGAGCAAGGUGCUGAGCUCUGGGUAGCAGAGAGAGGAGGCACCCGGGCCUGCCAUCCAGGAUGGAUACUUGGACCUGAAGCCCACACAUCACUCAAGGAGCAGGGCUUUCAUGAGAAGGAACUAUCCCCCAUUAAAGAAAGGGAUGGGCUCAAAGUGGCUAUUUCUUGUUAUCCCGUGACAGAGAUAGAUCGGAAAAGUGAUUGCCACUGGACCAAGAAGGACCCGAGUAACUUAGGGCAAUUGGAAGGCCCCAAGGAAAUAUCAAUUCAUAGUCAAAGCUGUGAAAGUCUUGGACUUGAGGAAACCUGUGUUCUUAACUUAAACACAGAUCUAUCAUCAGAUAAUUCUAGAAAAGAACUUGGCUGUACUAAUGGCUCACAAGUUAAAAAUUCAAAACAUAACCCAAGUUUAAUUAGUCAGCAUACAGACUCCCCAGCAACACAGCCCUUUGAUGACAGUGGCUGCCAGAAAACCUUUGAUCAGACUGUGCCCAUUACAGAACUCACAAAAAGUCAGGUUCAAGAUAAACCCUAUAAAUGCACUGAUUGUGGAAAGUCAUUUAACCAUAAUGCACACCUCACAGUGCACAAGAGGAUUCAUACAGGAGAGAGACCUUAUAUAUGCAAAGAAUGUGGGAAGGCCUUCAGCCAGAACUCCUCUCUUGUUCAGCAUGAGCGCAUCCACACUGGAGAUAAGCCCUAUAAGUGUGCCGAGUGUGGGAAAUGUUUCUGUCACAGCACACAUCUCACAGUCCAUAGGAGAAUCCACACCGGGGAGAAGCCGUACGAGUGCCAGGACUGUGGCAGGGCCUUCAAUCAGAACUCAUCCCUAGGGCGACACAAGAGAACACACACCGGAGAGAAGCCGUACACCUGCAGUGUGUGUGGGAAGUCCUUCUCUCGGACCACUUGCCUCUUCUUGCACCUGCGAACUCACACUGAGGAGAGGCCGUAUGAGUGUAAUCACUGCGGAAAGGGUUUCAGGCACAGCUCCUCCCUGGCCCAGCAUCAGCGGAAGCAUGCUGGUGAGAAACCCUAUGAGUGCCGACAGAGGCUGAUCUUUGAGCAGACACCAGUUUUAACAAAGCACGAGUGGACAGAAACCCUCAGCUGUGACCCUCCUUUGAGUCAAGAAGAAAGAACUCAACGGAGUGACAGGCCCUUUAAAUGUAGUCAGUGUGGGAAAUGUUUCAUUCAGAGUUCUCACCUCAUCCGACAUCAGAUAACUCACAACAGAGAGGAAGAACCACAUGGUCGUAACCGAAGACGAGGACAGCCCUGUGGGCGGGGCUCAAAGCUUAUUCGGAAUCCGCACUCAAAUUCAAGAGAGAUCCCUGUGGCCCAGACAAAGACAGAACAAGCAAGCAGGGCACUGGCCUUGUUUGACCUUCAUGAAAUUAUGCAGGAGAAAAACCCUGUGCGUGUUAUUGGAGUGGAAGAACCGUCACUGGGCAAUUCUGUGCUAUUUGACAUCAGAGAAUCUACAUAGGAAGGAAACUCUUCAGAUAACUGUUGAGUUAUUAGGUACAACAUAAGUCCACACAGUGUAUUGGUGGCAAGAGAAGAUGGCAUAAUGUCAGUGGUGACCUAUGACUUCAUAAGGAAGUGGUGCUUCCCAAACACUUGAGGUUUGCCAUUCUGAAAUGCAUCAAACUGGGCUCCUGUUUAACAACAGACUUUUUCUUUGUUUUUCUGAGACAAGGUCUCAUAUGGCCCAGGCUGACCUUGAACUCACCAUGUAUCCAAGAAUGACCUUGAAUUUCUGAUCCUUCUGCCUUCACCUCCCUAAUUCUAGGAUCAUGGCCAUGUGCCGUUAUAUCCGGCAACAAUAGAUAUCUUAAGAUGUUUUCUCCAUUACCCUAAAAUGAGUUUACCAGUAAUAAAACCUCUACACAGUCAUAGUGUGGAAAUAACAUAUGGCCCCUUUUUGUAAAACAUAGCUAAUUUAAUUUAUAAUAGAAUGAUAUGUACUGAGUCAGUGUGGUAUCUUGCCAUGUCCUUAUGUGGGCCCGUUUUCACCAGGUCAAUGACCUGUAACUUUCAGACUGCUGCGAGGCACACUGUUGUCUACAAAAAUACCAUAAGGGACAUUGCUGUGCCCAAAGUGAUUUUGCAGAGUAGUGAUGAACUCCUAUGAAAGUUUUGGACAAACCAAAGUACUAUUGCAUUUGUGGGAAAUUCUGCCUAAAUCGAAAUAUACACAAAGUAAUGUGUGUUUCUAUGUGAAUUCAACUCACAGUUCACUUUUCUCACACGUCACACAUGACUCAGUUCUGUACUUCACAGCAUGUAUCCUCACUUCAGUAAGUCAUCUGACAGAGAAGUAUUCACAGCAUUCCACAGCACUCUGUGAAGGAGUCACAGCUCCCCUGUAAACCACUACCGUGAGAUACCGCUGUCAGUCAGAGGUGCCCAUCUGCAAUAAACCACUACCGUGAGAUACCGCUGUCAGUCAGAGGUGCCCAUCUGCAAUAAUUUGUUCUCGCGGGACAUCUAGUAAUGUCUGGAGCCAUUUUUGUCACUGCCACUUGAAGGAUGCUACUGGCUUUCGGGUGGAGGCCAAGGAUAUUGUUCGACAUAUUUAUGUGCCCAGGGCAGCUCCUCAAAGAAUUUUCUUACUCCAGAUAUUAGUAGUACUAAGGUGGAGAAGCCUUGAUAUAAACUUGACCCAGAGGGUUAGGUAGCUCAGUAACAGAACACUUUCCUAACAUGUAGAAGGCCCUGAGUUCAUCCCCAGUACCAGAGACACGAACAAUAGCCCACCUUUUCUAAACUGUAAAUUGAACAAAGCUGUAUUAACAAUCAUGUGUUUGUUCUUAACAAAUAGAGCCAUGAGGGGCUGGAGAGAUGGCUCAGGUGUUAAGAGUAUUGACUGCUCUUCCAGAGGUCCUGAGUUCAAUUCCCAGCCACUACAUAGUGGCUCAUAACUGUCUAUAAUGAGAUCUGGUGCCCUCUUCUGGUCUGCAGGCAUACUGACAGAACACUGUAUACAUAAUAAAUGAUAAAUCUUUUUUUUUAAAAAAAAAAAAAGGAAAAAACAAAUAGAGCCAUGAAUUUAUAUAUAUAUAAAGUAGUGCUUAGUAAAUCUUUCACCAUUUUGCCAUGCUUAUAUUUGGGGUGAAGAAUCCCCUUAUCUUUCUGUGUAAUCUUUUAGCACUUACAAUGGAUAUUCUAAAAGAUGAAUGAUGUUUUCAUUGGAUCUCCCACCCAUCUCCUCACCCCAUCCCUCCCUGUAUUGUUUUCACAUCCAUCCCAGAGAACUUUUUGUUCAUCUCUCUGCAUAUAUUUCCAAAAAUAUAUGCAGACAAAGCCAUUCACAUAAUCGCACUAAGCCAUCUUCUUUGGGUUUUGCCAUGUUGUUUGGGUAGUGCUUCUGGGCCAGAAUUUGAAUGAAAGCAGUGUUCUGGGGUUAUUGACUGUACUCUUCUUAACUAGGGCAAAAAUAAUAUUAGGAAAAGUUAUUCUUUUACAUCUCAAGAAAAAUAUAUUAUUUAUAUCUAGCAGA